UUAGUGAAUUAAUUUCCUCAUAUUUUAAUACAAAAUAAUCAGCGGAGAAAAAAAAUAGCGGGGAGAGCGAGAGAAUUCGAGAGUGCGAUUGAAGAGUGUUUGAAGUUUUCACGUCGAGGAAGCAACUCUUCAGCAGUGUGCAGCAGAAGUUAGUGAUCGUUCCGAUGGCAAAACAUUCCGUCGAGAAUUGAUUCAACUCCAGAAACUGGUGUGCAACAGUGAGUGACAACAACAGCAACAGUGAGUUCCCUGUUUCAACUCUCGCUAGUACACUCUCCAUGAGUUCCGCCGUGUGGGUGGUGGUGCACUCAUAUCACUAAUUACCGUGAGUGGAUGGUGGUGAAGAGGUCCGGGUCGGCGCAAGAGGAAGAGAGUCUCUCAUCGUUUGUGGUUGAGUACGCCCUAUGAGUGCGUGAGUGCUGCUAGUGAGUGGAUAGCCGGUGCGACGAAACUCUCGUCGAGUUCUCAUCAUCGUAAUUGUCAGUUUUGAGUGUUUUUGUGCAUAUGUUGGUGGAAUAAUCCGGCCGGAAUACCAUCGAACUCUAAAUGGAAGAGUGCUGCCUGAGAACAGGAGUUCAGUUAGGAUACUAAUUAAAAUAUCCUCGACGCUCGGCCGACGAGGUCGACGCAGACUAGCUUCCACCCAGUAGCCGCCGAUCUGCCAUGCCGGGUAGCCGUUCCAGCAAUAACGACACCGAGCACAACAAGUCCCCUAGAGAGAGCGGCGAGGAUUCGGAGGAUGAAAGUGAAAUUCUAGAGGAAAGUCCGUGCGGAAGAUGGCUGAAACGGAAAGAAGAGGUCGAACAGCGCGAUGUCCCUGGCAUCGACUGUGCACAUCUGGCGAUGGACACCGAGGAAGGUGUCGAGGUUGUCUGGAACGAAGUACAGUUUUCCGAGAGGAAGAACUUCAAAUCUCAAGAAGAAAAAAUACAACUAGUAUUCGAAAACCUUACACAGUUAGAGCAUCCAAAUAUAGUCAAAUUUCAUCGUUAUUGGACGGAUACGCAUAACGAUAAGCCUAGGGUAAUAUUUAUAACGGAAUAUAUGUCCUCUGGCUCCCUGAAGCAGUUUCUUAAGCGUACCAAGAAAAACGUUAAGAAGCUACCACUGCAAGCAUGGAAGCGGUGGUGUACUCAAAUUUUAUCAGCACUUAGUUAUUUGCAUUCCUGUUCGCCGCCAGUAAUUCACGGCAACUUAACCUGUGAUACAAUAUUUAUUCAACAUAAUGGUCUAGUUAAAAUUGGUAGUGUAGCUCCAGAUGCCAUUCAUCAUCAUGUAAAAACAUGUAGGGAUAAUAUGAAAAAUAUGCAUUUUUUAGCACCAGAGUAUGGAACCGCCGCAUCGACGACCGCCAUCGACAUCUACUCGUUUGGCAUCUGUGCGCUGGAGAUGGCCGCGCUCGAGAUCCAGGGCAACGGCGAUUCGGGUACGCUAGUCACGGAGGAGCAAAUCAAACGCACUGUCGAGAGUCUUGAGGAUGCCCAGCAGAAGGACUUCAUCAUCAAGUGCCUCAGUCAUGACCCUGCCAAAAGGCCUACCGCCCGCGAGCUGCUGUUUCACCCGCUGCUGUUCGAGGUGCACCCGCUGAAGCUGCUGGCCGCGCACUGUCUGGUGAACACGUCGUCCAACUACGACGAGAUGCUGCAAAAGCUCAACAAACCGGACAUGGUGUACGCCGAGGUGCGGCAAACCGAGUUCCACCUGGGCGAUGUGACCGGCACGGAAAAGCUGGAAAAGUUUGUAGAGGAUGUAAAAUAUGGCAUUUAUCCACUGACUGCCUUUUCGGCACAAAAACCACCCGCUUCCCGACCACGAGCAAUAUCGCCCGAGACUGCAGAAUCGGUGAAAUCCGCCACGCCAGAGCCGUUAGAUAUUGAAACUAGGAGAGUUGUGAAUAUGAUAUGUAGUGUUAAGCCGCGAGAAGAAAAUUGUGAAUUAUUUAUGACAAUAUUAUUAAGGAUGGAGGAUAAGAUGAACCGACAGUUAACAUGUCCCAUCUCGCCGGACGAUUCAGCCGUCGCGCUUUCGCAUGAACUAGUACACUUAGGAUUUAUUCAUGAAACGGAUCGUGAAAAACUAGCCACAAUGAUAGAGGAUACGCUUAGGAACAAACAGCAGCAACUGCUGGGCGCGGCGGCAAAGAUGCAAUCGGCGACGGCCCAGGCCGGCGAGCGGCUCGUGGCCACCGACGGCGGCGGCAGCAGUGGAUCCGGUGGGUCAUCGGACACGGUGGCGGCUAACCAUCUCCACCAUCAUGUUCCUGUUAAUUCGGCCAGUCUGGAACGUGGCUGGAAGGUCGCGGAUGCCGCCGCGGACUCCCUAGUGACCAUGCCGGUCAUAAUGGAAACGUCCGGCGUCAGCGUCAACAGUCUGGACGCGAGUCUACUCGCCAGUCUGGACGACGCCGAGGAGGCCCGUGAGCACCAGGACGAAGAGCUCGAAGCUCUGGAACGGGCCGCGGCCGUCGAAGACGACGAAUGUCCCGAGCCAACGCGGGCCUUCAACAGUGUCGAGCACGACUGCGACGACGGUGAGUACCGAAGAAACAGCAGCACGUCAACGGCGCUGCCCGGUCGGAGGUCGGCCCGACCCUCCCGAACUUCCAUUGUCCCGGAAGGCGAGCUGUUGUGCCGUAGUGAGACGAUCGAAUCGUACGAGGCUACCGAGUAAUAAGGCAUAAACUGAAGAGAGAGAAAAAAAACAACUACCACUUAGCCGUCGUCUGUAAGGUAAAGAGAGAAGCACUCCCCUACCACGUAAGCAUUAUUUCUAUUUUGUACAUUAAAGAAUAAAAUGAGACAAAAAGGAUAUCAAAUGAAUUGCUAUGUAAUUACAUAAACAAACAAAAACAACCAACACUUAAAUGGAAACAAAUAAAAUCCACUCAAAUACGUACACAAACUUAAUCAUGCCAUUGAUGCAAGGAAACAGACACAAGCCAGACGAAGACGAAAAAACAACGGAAAUGAUGUUCAUAAUUGCUUGACAAAUAGUCGUCGUUCACUAAUUUUUUUUUCCGCUCGUUAAAAAUGGCAAAACUUUUAGUGAGAGAGAUUAAAUUUUGAAAUUCUCUCCUAAAAAAUCGCCCUUUGGUACGCUCUCAGUCGUUUUGCUAUCGCAAUCUCUCUCACACAGAAAAUUUGUGAGAGAGUAAACCAAAACGAAGCGUUAGAAGAAAACAUGAAGCUCCUUCAGAGAGAACUCCAUGAUCAAUUUGCUCUAUGAUUCGUUUGUCUAAUCGUCUGCAAUUGUGCAAAAAUCAGGGAAUAAAAAUCGAUAUCUCUUUUGUUCGUCAAAUUUAAAAAUUGAGAAAUUAUCUCUCUGACAUUCCGGCUUUCGUUGCUCUUUUUUUAAACUCUGAAAGAGAAAAUGAAACUGAAGUAUCGCAAAGCAAUGUACGGAAACGCGAUUCGCUGAGAGAGAUUUGGUGCCACUCGCAAUCUCUUCGAAAUUUCAGAAAAUUCGCUCUCAGCUCUUCAAAAGUCUGAGAGAAGAGUCCUUUCCGCCUUUUUUAGACUGAAAAGAGAUUUUUUUUUUAUUUUCAUAUUCUCUCUUUCUUUCCUAGACAUUCACUUGCUGGAGAAUAAUGAACGUGCUUAAAAGCAACUUAAAUGGAAAGUGUUUUAAAAAUUCAAAUUCUCUUUCCGACAUUUCUAGUUAAACAAUAUUUUUAUUUUGUCCCUUUUUAGGUGUUUUUGAAUACCCUGACUCAAGGCGGUUCAAAAAUACCCAAAAAGCUAAAUAAGAAAAUUUUGUUUAUUGGACCUUUAAAAAAAACUCUAGAUUUUGGCUUUUUCCUGUGUCAAAAAUCAAAUUAUUCGCUCUACAGCAUUGCCUUGGCGUUCUCGAUUGCGAGAUUCCUACUUUCCUGUGUAUUCCUCUUUAUUUCUCUUUUUCUCAAAAACCAGUGUGAGAGCAGUGAAAAAGAGAGUUAAAGUGAUAGACGAAUACGCGAUUCGGUGGGAGAGAUUUUGAAUUCCUUUCACAAUCACAGCGGAGUGAAAUGUUUGUCACGUUUUUAGUCUAUUUGCUUGUUUUCUCUUGAACUCUCUUUUUUCAAAUCUAUGGCAAGAGAGCUGGACCAUGGAAACAUCGCUCUUUACUUUCUCUCACUCUCUUCUAUGAAGAAAAAUGUUUAAAAAAAAGUCAAAAAUAAUCAAUGUUUCAGAUUUUUUUGUCCUCUCUAAAGCUAAUUUUAUGCGGUAAAAUCUGCGUAAGAAAACAAUCCUGUGGAGAACACAAAGAGAAUAAGAUAUCGCAGUGCACGAACAUCUGUUUUGGCGGGAGAGAUUUUAUUUCGCUCUCAAUCACUUCGAAAUUUCAGAAAAUUCGCUCUCAGUAUCAGUCGAAACGCUCUGAUCAUGGGUUUUCUGAACUUAAAAAAAAACAGAGACGCAACAUAUAGAUAUUUUUCAAGCUUUUGUUGAUUUUUGAGUUCUUUUUAAAGAACGGAAAGUAUCUAGUGAACAGUCGACUUUUUUUCUUUGAAAAAAUCACAUCCAACAGUGCAAAGACGGAACAACAAAACAUCAAAACUGUAGGGAAUUUGAAAAUGAAAUGCGAACUUUUGAAAAAAAAACCUCUCUAAUCAAUCACACACACACACACCCCCCAGGCAUAGUCAAUCGUCUCAGCCCGCGAAUCGGAAGCAAGCACUUCCACGUGUAAUUAUAAAAGUCUAAUCAAGAAGUCAUCAGCAGUAUAAACAAAACGAAAAAUAGUAACAGCAGCCGUUUUUAAACAAGUUAAAUGCACGGAAAGCAACACGAAGACUCUUUUUUUCAUGGCUGGUGGCAAAUUGUAAAAAAUAACAGUAAAAGUCGAGCUCUUUUAAGUAAACGUACGUAUUACAAAAAACAGAAAAGGGGAAAUCGCCGUAGGUCAGUUCCAAGAUCUGACCGCGUGCGCGUGCUGAUUAUUGUGGUACGUGGGUGCGCGCGAGUGUGUGUGCUUCGUGGAAUGUGAGGGUAUUCGAUCUGGUGUGUGAGGAAAAAUUGGAAAUGAAAAUGAAAUCAAAUCGAGAACGAGAGAGAGAAACAAGAGGACAGUUAUUUAACUCUAUGAUAGUCAUUAAACUAUGAAAAAAAUAAAACAUCCAAGAAAACAAAGUCAGCUUGUGAGCAGCAACACAAAAAACGCGUGAAAUUAAUAAAACUGCAAAUAAAAAUCAUGAAUGCAAAGCAAACAAAAAAAACAGCAAAAGGCGAAUCAGCUGUUUGUACUCCCAAGCAAGAAAAAAACAACUCACACACACAAAGCUAUUUAGGAAGAGAACCGGAAGAAAAUCGAAAGACCAUAUUAUUAGUCUGAGAAAGGCCAACGUUGUUGUCGCGCGGAUUGUGGAUAAAGAAUAAAGGAAUAUGCGAAAACAAAAAAUA